AUGAGUUCAUCCACUUACGCCGGUUGGCGAGCGGCGAAUCGCCCCAGCAUCUUGGAUCCUGCCCGUCCCGUUAGGGGCUUGACAAUCGCUUUCUGUCUUUGGAAAGUGCUGGUAUUCCUGGUCAUAGUCUCGUGCCCAGGCCUGGGCUACGAUACAUCCACAAGCCAUCUUUAUCACGAUCCCAGCGGCUCUGAUGUCAUUCCAGAAGAUAUUGAGCAUCUGCUUCUCACCAUUCCACGCAAAUUCGUCCGGUGGGAUUCUAUCUAUUUCGUGCACAUAGCUCAGAAUGGAUAUGUCUUCGAGCAAGAGUGGGCGUUUGGUUAUGGAUACACUCAAGCUUUAGCCCACCUAACUUCCGCCAUUCAACAUUUCACCGGCUGGGGAGGGGAGGUUAUCCUCGCGAUUGAAGCGAUUUUACUCUCACAUAUUGCCCACUAUCUCUCCGUCCUUGCGCUAUAUAGACUAUCCGUCAAUGUGUUUGGAAAUGAUACUACCACGCAACGGCUCAUCUGCCUGCUGUCCUCAGCCUUACACAUCAUUUGCCCCGCCGGAGCAUUUCUUUCUGCACCGUAUGGAGAGUCACUGUUCUCCUUCCUCAACAUAACCGGUUUCUAUCUCUACUCUUCCGCUUACUUGGACAACAAGAAUGGCAAGCGUCUGUCCGGCGACAUCAAAUCGGUCCUGUCUGCUGUUCUGUUCUGUGCAGCCACAACGGUUCGCAGCAAUGGUAUCCUGAGCGGGAUUCUGUUUGCCUACGAUGCUUCUCUCCAGCUGCGUCGGGUCGUGUCUCAAAGCCUGUCCUUGAAUGCCUGUGCCCACCUGCUUGUUGCCUUGAUUAGCGGUUGUAUCAUUGCUUCCGGACUCAUUCUUCCCCAGUAUCUUGCCCACAUAGCGUAUUGUGCCGAAAACACUACUUCGCGGCCAUGGUGCCAGUGGUAUGUCCCAAGUAUAUACGGCUGGGUGCAAAGUCAUUAUUGGAACGUGGGCUUCCUGCGGUAUUGGAGUCUCUCGAACCUUCCAUUAUUCGUUUUGGCUAUGCCUAUGCUGGCUAUACUCUGCCGCUCAUCAUUUUGGGCACUUGACAUGGCGGUUCCAUUCAUCUACCCAAGAGCCUUAAGUGGUAUCGAUCAUGCUUCGUCCUCCGCGACCACAGCUUCGCUGCUCCUGCGACUGGCUGCACCGCAGGGGAUUCUAGCCUUACUGGCGUUGACCAGCUAUCAUGUUCAGAUCAUCAAUCGGAUAGCCUCGGGCUAUCCACUAUGGUACUGGUACCUUGUGUAUCUGGUUUCGGGGAACUGGGGUCAAAUUCCGCCUUCCAUUCAACACAGCCGCACUUUCAAAAGUGCGGUACAAAGUAUGGUAGCAUAUGCUCUAGUGCAGGCUACAUUAUUUGGCUCAUUCCUGCCACCGGCUUGA